AUGGCUGCUUGGGUUGGCUGGCUACAUCUACCUGGCCAUCCGCCCUGGAGAACCCUUGAAAAGUUUGAUUUUGUGCCCACUGAUACAGCUUCAAGCAACAGCGCUGGAGAUGACCCUUGCGACAACAGUUCCGAGGCUACAGAAACCUCAUCUGAUUGCCCAGCAUGGUCUCAAGAGGGCAUGAUACAUUGGCUGUACGAUCGAUGCGAGAGAAGACUUGAGAAGACAGUAAGGAGCCAGGAUCCUAUGAAGACAAACCAAUAUCUGGCUCGACAGGGCAUUUUGUCCGACAUGUUGGCCCUUCUUGAAGUGGCCACAACUGAGACUCGAGAACAAGUUCAACAAGUCUUGGAGGAUAUCACUGACCUUUCAAGUGAUGAAGAUUCUCCCACAGCUUUCCGUUGCGACAUGGUGAACUUGUGUGGUUGCGACAUUGUGAACUCGAAGUCUUCUGAAGGUGACAUGGUUUCUUUCACAACACUUGUGCUGACCUUGUGGACAAUGGCGCUUGGGGAAUACACGUGGUACUGGCUUCGCAGGCCAAUCAUGCCAGUGCAUUUCCCUCCAACAGACUUUUCAGUUCAAACAGGAGCUGCAGAGCCCGAAGUGCACGAGGAUCUUCAGACUGAGCGCAUGCUGUUGGUAGCUUUGAAGAGGAUCAACGGGAGGCUCGAACGAGCCCAAAGGCAGGGAAAUAAUGGACAGUCCAUGAAGUACAUGCAAAGCAGAACUUGGUUGCUCAGCUGCGUUUCUUACUACGCAGACUGUUCUCCAGUCGAGAGAACCCGCAUGGCGAGCAACUUGAGUGAUGACGACGAGUCACCACAACAUGGACUUGGAGAAGAUGAGAAAAACCACGCCUUGGUGGAGGCUGACAAAGCCUUCAAAAGCAUCAUGAACCUCCUGGAGUAUGAUCGCUUCGAGGAAGUGACAAGGCUGGUGAACCAACUGGGUUGA